AUGAGUAGCAUAUCAUCAGAUGUUCGUAAUUAUUUUAAAUUACAACUCCUAUUAGCACGCUCAUAUGUUUUACUUCGUCAAUUGUUUAAAAAACGUUUUUCUCAAUUUAAUGCUGGUCAACUUUGGGAUGAUACACCAAUAUGUGGAAAUAAUUAUCUUACUAACGUUGUUGCAAAAAACAAACAAAUAAGUUUGACAAAAGUGCAGAAGACAUCUGUUUCGAAUGGAAACUCAAAUAAAUGGGAUUCAACAACACUCACUGCCCUUCUCAUAUACGGUGAACGUCCCAAAACACUAAAUACAGCUGAAAUACAGCAACUCGACCAUGAAGAUACACUCUUGAAACAAUUAAAAGAUAUUCGAAAUGAAGUAGCUCAUCAUGCAACAAAAUCUAUUCCUAAUGCUGAAUCCAAUCGACUAUGGGCCGAUUUAGCAGCCAUUCUAGUUGCAUUUGGUGAUAUCGACACCGAAUUAGAUAAAUUCAAAGACGAUAGCGUGUUUGAAUCGUCUAGUCAACCGAUCAAUGAAGAAAAUGCAACUGUUUUACCGAGAGUUUCAAAUCAUGAUCGUGCUAUUUUCUUUUCGAAUAUGUCUUCUAGUCGACUGGCUUUAUACGAACAACAAUCAGGUUCUUCUAGUAGGUUUGACAUUGACAACCAAAUAGAUGAACGAUAUUGUGCACUACAAGAUGCGAAACAAGCUCGAAAUCUUUGGCCAACAUGGUGGAAUGGACAUUUGCGUGUUAGAAAAGUAUAUGCUGCUUUAAGUGACCAUGAGAAAGCAAUCAAUUCAUUCGAACGAGCACUGGCUCUUGCUCCUACAAAUAAUGAAAUACGAAAAGCAUUGGAUGAAAGCCGUCAAAUACUUGGCCGACAAUUACGGCUAGAACAUCUCGAAUCCAAAUUAAGCCCAAGAAGUAUCCCUGAACAAUUGAGUAAAUUACAGCGAAACUUAGGUUUAGAUCCCGAAGAAGUACGCAUGACUUAUCGCUUACUUGAGGAAAUCGAUCCAUCCAUAUCAGAUGUGAUCAAAGGACAUCAGUAUGAACAUGGAGAUAUAAAUGUGAAACAAGACUACGAACAAGCUGCUAAAUAUUUUGAAAAAGCAGCGAAUCAAGGCAACGCCGAAGGAAUGUAUAAUUUAGCAAGAUUAACCGAUCGUGGUUUAGGUGUAAAGAAGGAUCAUAAUCUGGCACAGAGGCUUUUUGAGCAGACAGCUGCACAACCACCACAACAUCCUUUAUUAGAAGAAUUUCCUAAUAAUGGCGUAGCGUUAGCCGAACAUGCUUUAGGUCUAAGAUACGCCGAGGGUGUUGUUGUUCAUAAGAAUCUACUAUGUGCUGCUUACUGGUAUCAGCGUGCAGUCAAUCAUGGCUGUGGUGAAGCAGCCAACAAUUUAGCGAUAAUGUAUGAAGAUGGUAUUGCUGUAGAUAAAAAUCUUGACAAAGCUCAACAACUAUACGAAAUGUCGGCUAGAAAAGAAAAUUCACCAGCUAUGUUGAGUUUAGCUCAUCUCUUGCUGGACAAAAAUGAACUUCCAAUGGCAAAGAUUUGCGCAUAUCGAGCAUUUUUGGCUGUCGUACCCGAGGAUCAUCGUAAAGUACCUGAAUCAUAUUAUGCAAUGGCUAGUUGUCGUUUCAUGCACCUUAAGCAGAAUGAUACAACAGAUAUUAUCAAGAAAGUAUAUCAAGAAGGUGAAGAAACAGAAAAGAAACAACUACCAUGCUUUCUACCGUAUGACUCAAGCAGUAAAACUUUCCUUAAACAUGUACUCAACGAAAAAUCUUUAUUAAAUGCAGAACCAGCUCCUAUCGUUGAUUGUAAAUUACGUCUAAUAGAUCCAUAUCGAAUCGAAGCCAUAUCGAAACAUCGUGAAUGGGAAAGUCAUAGAAACAAUCUAGACCAUAGUGUUAUAUCCGGUGCUCACGAACCUAGAGUUAAACAACAAAUACCUAAAUCAUUAAUUGAAUUGAAAUCAAUUACAUUACGAGAAAUGAAUUCAACAAGAGAUCAUAUUUAUAGCGGGUAUGUGCUUUCGGUGACAAUC